AUGACAUCUACAUACAUGCGGUAUCCGUCUAAGAUAGUUGAAGUGGAUCUGGAAGAACAAGAGAUACUCCUUCACUUCGAGCGAUGGAGCUCUCGUUACGACGAGUGGGUGAACUUCAGCAGCGACCGCAUACGCCCCGUCACCCGCAUCUCCACGCGCAAGGGCCACGGCAAGGCCGGCAAGAUCGUGCCGAUGAAGGUCGGGGACAGGGUGAUGGCGAAGUGGUCGGAUUGCAGGAAGUAUGCCGCCACGGUCACGUGCGUUCACGCCGACGCCGAUGAAGUUCGUUAG